GUAAGUGUGCGUGAGACUGAGGACAUUUUCUGGUCAUUUCCUUCUGAUCUGUUUUUUUUCCCACCUACCUUCGGUGAGAAGACAAGAUGCCCUUGGUCACGCGGCGGCUGAGAGACCCUGACGUAAAUCCUUGCUUGUUGGUAUGCUGCACAUUCCACAUUUUAAAUGAUUACUCUUUUACAUCUUUAAGGAAUCUGAUGCUUCUACCAGAUGUAUGGAUGAAAACAACUAUGACAGGGACAGGUGUUCCAAUUACUUCCUGAAGUACAAAAACUGCCGACGAUUCUGGGUAAGCCCAGCAUGUCAAGCUUUUUCUAAGACUCUGCUCUUAGGCUUGUGACUAAAGCUGAUAUCAAUCAAUAACCAAUCAAUCAAUAACAGUCUUCCCAGUGAUGGCUGUAGGGAAACUUAACGUUUGACCUUAUUUUCUGUGUGGUAUAUCAACUCUAUGGUGUCCUUGAGAGAGUGUUUCCUUCUAUUCCAACGUUUAAGACUCCCAUUUUAAUACAAGUAAGUCUUCCUGGAUAAAUAUAUUUAGUCAUAGCCUUUUUAUAAAUUUGGAUUUCCUGAAGAGGAAGAGAAAGUACAGUUUACCCUGAUGUCUUCCGUCUCAUUAGGCUUACGUUUCUGCCUGCUUUCUAACAGCCAAUCACAGUUGUUAAA